AUGAACAAACUCUUUCAGGUUAGCAUCGUUGGACGGAAGAUGGCAAGACAUGGAGAGAGUGCCUAUGGUUCUGAAGACUCCAGGCAGGCCCUGCACGGGCCCAGGCUGAGGCUCAUCCUGGCCGGGAAGACAGGGACAGGGAAAAGCGCCACAGGGAACACCAUCCUGGGCCACAGGCGCUUCCUCUCCAGGCUCGGGGCCACCACAGUGACCAGAACCUGCGAGGUGGGGAGUCUCAGGUGGGGCCAGUGGCACUUGGAAGUCAUGGACACCCCAGACCUUUUCAGCUCCCAAGUCCCCAAGACAGACCCGGGGUGCAAGGAACGGGCCCGCUGCUACCUGCUGUCAGCGCCCGGGCCCCAUGUGCUGCUCCUGGUGACUCAGCUGGGCCGCUUCACUGAGCAGGACCAGCAGGCGGUGAGAGCGCUCAAGGGCCUGUUCGGGGACCAGGUGAUGGCACGCACCAUUGUGCUGUUCACGCGCAAGGAGGACCUGGGGGGGGGCUCACUGCGGGAGUAUGUGCGGGACACGGACAACCGUGCGCUGCGAGCACUGGUGGCUGAAUGCGGGGGCCGCGUGUGCGCCUUCAACAACCGGGCGGUGGGUGGGGAGCAGGAGGCCCAGGUGCAGGAGCUGCUGGACCUGGUGGAGCGCCUGGUGCAGGACCACGGAGGCGCCCCCUACUCCAACGAUGUGUACCGCCUGGUGCAGGAGCUGUCCCAGGAGGACCCUGAGGAGCGGAGGCGCAGGGUGACCCCUUAG